AUGUUUAUUGAAUUACAAUAAAACUUCCGCGUUCCGACAAAAUGGCGAUGGAGGGCAUUUGUGUAGGAGAAGUUAUCCCGAUUUAAAUAAAGGAAAAUACAUUUUUGAGAACGAACCAUCAAUGGAAGUUCCUGGUAAACAAAAACCAAAAAAGACAUUUUCUGCUUCACGGGGCUCUGAUGAGGAGGACUUUCUUUUGUUCUGUAUCCCGUGUGAUGAAGAUGGUGCCCGGGUACCAGCAAAAGGUUAUUGUUCAACCUGCAAUAAACAUCUUUGUGGCACUUGUUACAAGCACCACAAGAAACAAACUCAUUCAUGUCAUCAUAUUCUACUAGAUCAAGACUCCAUGCCAACUACACCAAGCGUUCCAAUCGUAAAAGACGAACUUGAUAGUUGUGAUGAUCAUGAAGACGAAAAACUGAAAUUUUACUGCAAAGAUCAUGACAUCGUUGUUUGCAGUGUUUGUGUAACGCUGAAUCACAGGUUGUGUAAUUAG